AUGAUACAAUCAGCUUUGACCGAUUAUUAUACAAAACGCCGUUUAUCAAAUACAUUUGAUCGACCGAUAAAAAAAGCCAAAAUUGAACUCGAUAUUAUUGAUGAAAAACCAUUAUCAUCAUCGUUGUUAAUAGAUCCUUUGUUAAAGAAUCAGCCUUAUCAGGCUGAAGUAUCCAAACCAUUAUCGACAUUAGAUGGACAAUCGACAUUAACAAAUUGGUGUAAAAAACAAAAUAUCACCCAAGAAGAGUCAAAAUUUAUUGAAAUGCCAACCAAAGAACAAGAAACAUUAUUGGAAAAAAAACUGCCUCAAUCACCAUUAAAAUUCAUCCGUCCACUCUCGUUGUCAAAAUCAAUACUUAAUGGAAAUUAUGUUCAGUUACGUGAAAAACUAUUGGAAGAUGAAAAUUUAGAUGAAAUUCGAGAGCGUGUCAAAACAUUCAAUAAAGAUUUACAAAAAUAUCGUCAAAAAUACGGUUCAUUUAAUCGUUCACCACUAUCAUCACCAAUCAAAAAAAGUCCAAUGAAACAUAGUCCAAUAAAACAUAGUCCGUUCAAAACUGUAACAUUGCAAUCACCAAUUCGAAAUCAAACACCAUUGAAAAAAAAUAUUUCAUCGAUUCCUGCUUAUCAGCGUUUCCAAAAUUUGGCUAAUAAAUCAUGUUCGGCCGAUUUAAUAUUACCAUACAAAUAUAAACUUCUAUUCGAACAAUACAAACAUGUCGAUUUUCUUGUUUGUCAUACGCAUAAUCAACAAGGAAUAUGCACAUUUUUGAAAGUAAAAGAAUUAAUACAACAAAAGACGAAAAAAAAUUUUGAGUUAUCAACGCUCGGAAAAAUGAAAACUGUUUGUCCAAAUAUGUACGAAUUUCGUCAAGAAAAGAUACAAUUACCAACACUAAGUCCUGUAAAACUCAAAUAUGAAUUGACUAUUUAUCCAUGUCUAAUUGAUUUAGAUAUUAACAACGAUCGGUUGAAAUCAAUUCAGAUUGAUGCAUCAAUGAUUGUCGAACGUUUAACGCGAUUUCGAUUAAAAUUAAUCGAUAUUGUCAAGUCAUUUCAUAGAAAAUUUUUGGCAACUUUGUGUCCAGCAGUGAACAUUCCAGAAGAAAAUUUGAUACGAUGGCAUCCAGAAUUUGAUCUUGAAAACAUUCCCGACAUAGAUGUUGCUGAUUUACCCGUAGCGCCUGAUGCGGUAGAAAAGAAAAAUAUUGCCACGACAAUCGAUCUAUUAGCUCAUGCACAAACAACAAAAUCUGAACGAGUCAAAAGGGCUUUGUUCAAUAUAUUUGAUAAUAAGUCAUCGUCAGAUAUCAAUAUCGUUUCUUUGCCUCCAACAUCUGUACCAGAUUCAAAAACACUGUCUAGCAUAUCUGCUUCAUUGGUUGAAAAGAUUCGUUUAAAAGAAAAAGAAAAACUUUGUUUGCAUAUGAUUGACAAUAAUGGCAAUAAACAAACUACAUUGGAUUUGUUGCAUCGUCUUCAGCAAUCAAUAGAAAUUAUUCAACAAUAUUUUAUAUUAGAACGUCAGAUAUCAGUCGACAUUGAUCGUGUGUGUAAACAAUUGAGAGAUUGUCAUACAUCUAAUUUAUCUUAUGCACAAUGUAUGGAAUCAAUUCUAUAUCUAACUUCACAUUUUAAUGAAUGGUUAAGUCUCAUCAAAUGCCGUGGAAAAGAAUAUGUGAAAAUAAAUCGUCAAAAAUCGAUUAAUACAAUAAUUGAAAAUAUUCAAAAACAAAUUAAAGAACUAACCACAUAG